UUGAGUUCCAACAAACAUGUUUCUGUUGGUGGUCUGACAAGAAGAAACCUGGAUGAAGGUGGUGAUGUCCUCUAAAGAGUUGUUAGAUGUCAGUGUUGUGAGGAUGAAGAUGUUGGUGCUGCCGGUGUGACUAUCUUUUGUACCCCUAGAGGUACAAUCAGGACCUCAUUUCUCCUCCAGGGUUUUGAUGCCAAACAAGCAACAAGAUGUCAGAGAAAAAGAUGUCUUCCAGUCGCAAACAUCAUCUGAAGAGUUUGAUGCUGUCCAUUGCUAAAGGUCUGCUGGAAGAAGAAGAGAGGCAGCGGCAGGAGGAGAGGCGGAGGUACAUGUCUGAGAGCUGCCCUCCUCUGUCCAUGCCCAGAACCAUGCAGGAGCUGCAGGAGUUCUGCAGGGAGAUCCACCACAAGAUCGAUGUUAUUGAUGAAGAGCGAUAUGACUUGGAGAUGAAGGUCAACAAGACCAACAAGGAGAUCACUGACCUGAAGAUCAAAGUUCAGGACCUGAUGGGCAAGUUCAAGAAGCCUGUCCUGAGGAAGGUUCGUAUGUCUGCUGACGCCAUGCUGAAGGCUCUGCUGGGCUCCAAACAUACAGUCAAUCUGGACCUGAGGGCCAACCUGAAGCAGGUCAAGAAGGAGGUGAAAGAGGAGGAGAAAGAACUACGUGAUGUUGGCGACUGGCGCAAAAACAUCGAGGACAAAUCUGGAAUGGACGGGAGGAAGAAGAUGUUUGAAGCUGAGGCUUAAAAUAACUUAAUGUGUGACUGGCCAGAACCAGCCUGUAAGCUGCAGAAACUGAAUAAAACAACAUCUGCUGAAGGAGCCAUUUGUCUUGCUUAUUAGAAUAAUGAGGAUUUUACAAGAUCAUGACAGCCCAUAGUCAUCUGCUAGAAUUCAUAAGUCAGAAAAACUGAUGUUAAGUCAAAAAUCUUUAAUGACUUAG